AUGCCUGGACCAAUUCGUACCGUGUUGAAUGUGGAUCUAAAGAAGGCAGCAGCAGAACAGCCACAGUUGCACAACCGAUGGCACCCAGACAUUCCCUUCUGUGGCACGGUCAAGAAUGGAGAGAUUGUCAAAAUUGAAUGCGUCGACUGGACUGGAGGACAGAUUGGGAACAACGACAGCGCUGAUGACAUGAAGAAUGUAGACCUGACCAAGAUUCACUACCUGUCCGGACCUCUCGAGAUUGAAACAGCCGAGCCUGGCGAUGUGCUGGUAGUUGAGAUCCAAGACGUUCAGCCAUUCCAGGAUCAACCAUGGGGCUUCACAGGAGUAUUCGACAAGAAGAAUGGUGGUGGAUUUCUGGAUGAGAUCUAUCCGAAUGCAGCAAAAGCGAUCUGGGACUUUGAAGGCAUCUUCUGUUCUUCCCGUCACAUCCCACACGUUCGCUUUGCCGGCUUGAUCCAUCCCGGGAUCCUGGGCUGCGCACCCUCAGCGGAAGUGCUGGCCGAAUGGAACAGACGCGAAGGAGAACUCAUAUCAGCCAAUACCAUGGACCGAGUAGUUGCCGAGCCACCACAACCCAUUAAUGCCCAUGCCGGCAGCGCAGAAGACUCCAUCAAAGAAAAAGUCGGCAAAGAAGGCGCCCGAACGAUCCCCGGCCGCCCUGAACACGGCGGAAACUGCGACAUCAAGAAUCUUUCUAGAGGAAGCAAAGUCUACCUACCCGUCCACGUCAAGGGGGCCAAAUUCAGUGUCGGAGACCUCCACUUCUCACAGGGCGACGGCGAAAUAUCCUUCUGCGGCGCCAUCGAGAUGGCCGGCAUCAUCACGCUGAAAUUCAGCGUCAUGAAAAACGGCAUGGCCGAUCUCGGCAUGAAAUCGCCCAUCUUCCAGCCGGGCGCCGUGGAGCCGCAAUUCGGACCCGGUCGCUACCUCACCUUCGAAGGCUUCAGCGUCGACGAGCACGGGAAGCAACAUUACAUGGAUGCCACGGUGGCGUACCGACAGACGACGUUGAGGGUGAUCGAGUACUUGCGACGCUUCGGCUACGAUGACUACCAGGUCUACCUGCUGCUCAGUUGUGCGCCGGUGCAGGGCCACAUUGCCGGCAUUGUGGACAUCCCAAACGCGUGCACCACGCUCGGCUUGCCGAUGGAUAUCUUCGAUUUCGAUAUCUCGCCCACCGGACCGGCCGAGAAGAUGGAUAUGGGCACUUGUGCUUUUACGAGCGACUGA